UCUUUUUUCAUUCCUUAGGACUUUUUAGCAAUGGCGAGAAGGUUAAUUUUGCCUCUUAUUUUUUCUAGUUUUCUAAGCUUUUAUGUUAAUGCAGAUUUUUUGGAAAACCUUACUCUGAAGGAAACGAUCCAGUACGAUGAGCUUUAUUCAGAUGGCUUGUUCGCUUACAACUUGAAAGAUUUUUGUAAUGCGAGCAAGAAGUUCGAACAAGCUCUUUCAGACUACAAAUACCAAGACAAUGUAAAGCUCCAUUGCCGGGAUAAAUGCUACAAGAAGUUCCAGGAAUCAUUAGCAAAUCGCAACAUCCAUACUGUUUUGGAGGAUCUAGAGUUGGAGUAUUUUCGCUUAACGAUUUAUUCGCGUCGUUGCACACAAAAAUGCAACGAAAAAUAUCUUGGGCGAAGAUCUCAUGUUUCGGCUCAAAUCGAGAGAGAUUUUGAGAACAGAAAACUCUACUCCUUUCUACAUUUUUCUUACUACAAGUGUGGUCAACUAAUCAAAGCCGUCCAGGCAGCCUUUACAUACCUGGAAAUGUGGCCCAAUGACAAUCAGAUGCUCAGCAACAUGAAAUACUACAAAACUCUGGCAAUAGUCAAUGACGAACUGGUCUUUUCCCUGGAAGCUAUUCCUCACAUCAAUACAUACUUUAAAGCUGUCAAAUUCUAUGAAGCUCAAGACUGGACAAAUGCACUGUUGACAUUUGAGCAAGCCUUGAAGGAGUACUAUCAAGCAUACAAGGUUUGCAAGCUGAAGUGCGAAGAAAAGAGAGAGAGUAAUAGAAUGCUUGGCCAGGAAGGACUGACUGCCGUGUAUGUGGAUAUUCUGAGGUGCAGAUCCAGAUGUCAGGAGAAGCUUGCUACUAUCAAUGGCCAAGUUGUUGACAAUUACCUACCAAGACAUUAUAACUAUCUGCAGAUGUGCUACUGGAAGGUUGGUAAGACAAAGGAGGCUGCUGAGUGUGCAACAUCUUACAUGCUGUUGGAUCCUGAUGAUGAAAACAUGUUUGACAAUCUAAAAAUCUUUAAACAUAGAGGAAACUUGGAUGGAACAGAAGUUCUUGCAAGAAAGGAUGCCAUCAUCUAUCAUCGAUCCAUCAACCUUGUAAGCAAGCUGUUGCAUUUGGCAGAGAUGUACACCAGUGAUCAUGACAUUGAAGAAGAAUGGUUUGAAGACAUCAAUGAUGUUGUUGCUCCAGAUGAUAAAGAGAGUACAGAAGAGACAGAGGACCUUGUUGAGGGAGAACCUUUAGAUUUUACUUCAAUCAGAGUGUCUGGUCUUGGUCCUAUUAAAACACCCUCUGAGAUGAAGACAUUGGAUGAUUUGUUUAAGGAAGACCAAUUCAAGAAUGUGACCAUUAUAAUGAAAGACAAAGAGCUGAAUGGUACAAACAGGUUUUUGGCAGAUAACUUUAUUACAGAAAAGCAAUGUGGAACUUUGAAUAACCUGGUUAAGAAGACUGGAACCCUUGGUGAUGGAUAUGACAGCCGCAAAUCGAAGGAUGGCAGUGCUUUCUCCUUUACUGAUAAAGAAACGUUCGAGGGCGUCACUCCAAUCUCAGCAGCUAAGGCAAUUACAACUGGAGUUGCAGACGCUGAAUCAGUAGAACUGUACCUUAAUGUCAGUGAAAAAGCUCGAGCUUUUGUCGAGACUUACUUUAAGUUGGAAACUCCCUUAUACUUCAACUACAUCCACCUGGUGUGCAGAGAAUGGAAGCAAGUUCGGUUGAUUGAUGUUGUUACAGGCAAAGUGUCUGGUAAGAUAGAACACAUAAGUCACCCAGUUCACGCGGAUAACUGUAUCUUGCAUAGCGAUGGACCUGGUACAUGUCCUAAAAGAGCUCCUGCAUAUACAUGGAGAGACUUCAGUGCCAUAUUGUACUUGAAUGAUAACUUCGAAGGAGGAGAUUUCAUAUUUGCCCAUCCAAAUGAAACUAUCCAGGCGUCUGUUAAACCAAAGUGUGGUCGUCUAGUAGGCUUCUCAGCGGGAGUAGAGAACCUACACGGAGUCCUUGGAGUUCAGAACGGCCGUAGAUGUGCCGUUGCCCUGUGGUUUACCCUCAGGACAAAACAUGACGAUGAAGGCAGGAAAAAAGCGUGGAAAAUAAUCCGAGAAACCAAAGAAAAACUCGUCGGUAAAGAUCAACUAAAACACGUCUUUGCUGCUCAACGUAUAGAUUUAUAAUUUAAUGGUUAUUAAUAAUAAGCUUUUAUUGGUCAUGUAUGAUAGAGUUUGAUAAUGGUCAGGCUCGAUACGAAUUAGUCUUGGUGCUCUAAGCAGUGAGAUAAGGCGCAUUUUUAGAGCAACCCCCAUGGAUUGAAGACAGUUACGAAGCAUCAACUAUCAUCAUGGGGUGGCUUCGUAGUUACAUUUAAAAAAAGUUAAUUGAAUUUAAUUUUUAAAAGCACGAAAAAAGAAGGGACAUGAAAAUUAACCAAAAAUUGAAAAGGCUAUAAAAAGAAUUUCCCCCAUUUUUAUAAUUUAAUGUCAUAAAUUUUAUACUUUUUUAUGUAGAAACUAGAUUUUCUAGAUGAGGCGUCUUUAUUAUAUGUAGUUUUGUUAGUGAAUUUGCUCUUUUUGAACGGCGCGCGCUUAGAAUGUACCGUUUUUCCCCAGGUAAAUAAUCUUUCCAGCUUUCUUUAUUGCAGUAAAUUCGUAAUGGUAUUUUGCUAAUAGAGGCGCAAACAUGUCCUUAUAUGGCAUAAAGAAAGUGAUGUCAUUUGUUGGUCAUGCGCAGUAGCUGGGGCUGGCAAAUGCUGGUUGAUCAUUUGUCAAUCACGCUUCGUAGAGAGAAAAAGAGAUAGUUCUAUUACCAAUGGUGCAAGAAACGUAGAUUAUGCAAAUAGUUAAGCUGAUUUUGUUUGAUUUACGUAAAACUGCUGCAAAGGAAACAGGAACGGUACUUUGUCGUUAGAGUAGAUUUCGUAUGAUUGUGAAAGGGCACGGCUAUGGUACGGAUUGACAACAGUCUUUGGACCGAUCACAGCGCGGGCGAAAUCACUUCAAAUUGAUCCCGCCGUCACAUUCAUACAAAAUUUUUGUAUCAGGACCAGACUUUUACACCUCAUAUUUAUAAUGGCUUAAUUAUAGAGAGGAAAGAUUAAACCAACCCCCUUCUAAAGUGAAGCAAUGUACGUGUGUGUUGAUGAAAGGGUCUAUAGUUGCUAAACACUACUGCUCAUGACCAAUAAAAGUACAAUUGAAGUUUAUAACUAUUUUUUCAAGUUAAAAUAAAAAUACACUUUAGUUACA